AUGGCUUUAACAGUGGACAAAUUAAUGAACGACGAAAGAUUUAGCGGUGACAGUGUCCUACAUUUCCUCCUGUAUCUACCGUUUGGUAUAUUACUAUUGACAUUCAGAGUGUUCUUGGCGCUGGUACUAUGGGUCGCGUCAAUAAUAUUGCCGAACAAAUCGGCAGUCAGGCAAAUGCUGUCUACACUUGCAUGCUGGACAUUUGGUGUUUAUGUGAAACUAAAGGGUACCCGUGACCCGCGCUGUAGUGUUCUGGUGGCCAACUACGUGUCUUGUCUAGAUUCCCUAGCUGCCUCCCAUGUGCUUGGUACAAUCAGUCUCAGAAAAUGGAAAGUGCCGCCAUUUUUUGCAUCUACUCUGGGCAUAAAGAAUGCAGCACAAUUUGUGAGGAAACAACACUUCGCCGAGAGUCCCAGUAAGCCGGUGUUGCUGCAGCCAGAAGGAGGCCCGACCAAUGGCAAGGGACUGCUCAAGUUCUCCGAGUGGCCAUUCCCAGUCGGCAACAAGGUGCAACCUGUCGCUAUCAGCGUGGAGCGUAUGUUCACGAACGUGUGCGUGCACGGGGCGGGCGAGGGCGUGUUCCCGUGGAGCGACGCGCUGUGGUUCCUGUGGUCGCCGCUGACCGUGUACACGCUGCGCCUGCUGGCGCCACUGCCGCCGCAGCACGACGACGCCGCGCUCGCCGUCAACGCGGCUGACGCCAUCGCCGACGCUCUAAAGAUUGAAAAGACAGAAUUCAAAUGGGAGGAGUUAUGUCGCGGGCGCCGCAGAGUGGUCCGUCGCCAGGUGCCCCCCGACGUGAGCAGACUGGCGCGGCAGGUGAAGGAAGUGUUGCCUCGCGUGCCUAUUAAUGACAUACUCCGGGAUCUUGCGUCAACACGUAGCGUAGACGUUACAAUAACGAACUUCCUGGAAGGUGUGACUCCAUACACGCCGGAGCCCGAGCCGGCAGCGGAGCCCCAGGCCUCCACGUCACAAGCACAGCCUCGCUACGUCAUCCCCACUCCCACAGGCGUCUUCCCAAAGAGUGCGAAGGAGAGACAGCUUAGCUUCCAAGAACGAAAGGCUCAGAUGAUUGCUGAAGCCAGAAAAAGAUAUAUUGAGAAGAACGGACUCAAUGUGGCUUUGAAUAACUGUUGA